GAAGCAGCUUUAAAGAUGGAUUUAGGUUCCCUUCAAAUCCUGGAGAGAGAAAUAGUCCUGGAGGUUCUUUGGAGAGACAAACAGCUGAGGACAGUCGAAGAGGACAGGAUCAGGAGGAUGAAGUGUGAGCUGCAGGAGCAGCGGAGGAAGGGUGCGAAGAGUUAUGCCCGGCAGUACGGGGAGCGAACCUGCGCCCGCUGCCAGAGGCCCCUGGGGAAGUUCUGGAACAAGGGCGCAGUGUGUCGAGGCUGCAGCCACCGCAUCUGCAGCAGGUGCAGGGUGGGAGCAGCAGACUGGAAGUGCACGCUGUGCCACGCGUACAGGGAGAUGAAGAUCAGGUCAGGACAGUGGUUUUUAGAGGAAAAAGCCAAGAAAUUUCCCGUCACUGGAGACAAAUAUAAGACAGUUGGAGAGAAACUGUUGGAGUUCUACGGUGUACAAAGACAUAUAUCAGUCGUGCCUCCAACUCCUCCGCCCCAUCUGGACUUUCAGUUUAGAAGCAGAUUUAAGGAGCUGAAAAACUCAAAGACUUUCACCAAAUCCAUGGAGGAUCUAAUGGUUUGCUUCAAGAGUCACAUUAAAAAAAUUUCCAGUUCUCAGACUGAUGUGCGAGGCGACCUGCUGACAGUGGACAACACCCAGAACAGGCAUUGUUUUCAGUACUGCACCCAGAAGAGCCUGUCGGAUACCAACAUCAACAAAUCCUGCUCCCUUUCUAAAGUCGACAGUCUUCCAAACCUAUUCAAGAAAUUCAAAGACAGCGACCAGGAUGGCUCGUCCACCGGAGCGGAGGAAGAAACCUCGUUCAGCUCUGAGCACUCGAUUGGAAACAAGGGCAGCGUCAGCAGCAUCAGCACAGAAUGUGGCGUCUUUGACAACAUCUUAGUUGCCGGGGAGUUGGAGCUGGCCGUGGCCUACAACACCAACAGAUGCUGUCUGGAGAUCACAGUCGGCGCCUGCAGAAAUCUGUCUUACGGCGACAGCAGGAAGAAAAAGUGCCACCCUUACGUCAAACUCUACGUGCUGCCAGACAAGAGCAGCAAGAUGAAGACGUCCCUGAAGAGGAACACGACAGAUCCGGUUUAUAAUGAACUUUUAAAGCAUGACAUUGAGCGCCACCUGCUGUUUGGAAAGAGGCUGCAGGCCUCCGUGUGGCAUUCAGGGGCCCUGAAAAGGAAAGUGUUCCUCGGUGAAGUUCUCAUCCCACUUGAUGGCUUGAAAUCAGAAAACAAGGGUUCAGAGAGAUUCCACUGGUACCCCCUGUGUCCGAAGGCUGAGAAUACAACGGCUGGCGCAGCGGAGCAAAAUGGACAUUAA